AUGGUUAAAAUAAUUGUAAAAAUAUCAAUAAUUAUAUGCUUAAUCUACUUUGCAAACGCAUAGUAAAUACUACGUUCCUAGGAUGUAAAAGGCCAAAAUUUUCUUUUUAGCUUUGGGUCUUGCUUUUCCGAGAGAAGAUUGACUGCUUUAAAUAGAACUUCUAUAUUUGAAAAAAUAUCUGAAUAAAAACCUGAUGUGUUUGCUUGGUUAGGAGAUUUUGGUUACCCAAAAUUAUUUGAAGAUUUUAUACCAGCCUUUGAGUUUACUAAAAACGAGAAAGGUUAUAAAAUGCUUUAAAGUAAUAACAUUACUCAAAUUAUUGGUGUUUGGGAUGAUCAUGAUUACGGAAGAAACGAUGGAGAUAAGAACUAUAAGCAUAAACAUGAAACAAGGUAAAUUUAUUUAGACUAUAUCGGAGAACCUAAGAAUAGCAUUAGAAGAACUCAACCUGGUGGUAUCUAUACCUCUUAUUAUCUUGGAAGUACGAAAAAAGUCAAAUUAGUUCUUCUUGAUGUUAGAUUUUCAAGAGAUUCAUUCUGGUUUGAGCACUCAGACAUAUUAGGUCCUGAUUAAUGGAAAUGGCUUGAAAAUGAGUUCAAUGACCCUCAUUCUCAUACAAUAAUUUUAGCUAGUGGAUGCUAAAUACUACCAGACGAUAGAGUUAUUCCUGAGAAGUGGUAUCCUGAUAGUAGAAACAGGUUAUUUAAUUUGAUUUAAAAACACAAAGACCAUCAAAGAGUCAUAUUAAUAAGUGGAGAUAUACACUUAGCAGAAAUACUUGUUGAACCUAAUUCAGUUAAUAAAUUUGGUUAUAAUAUCAUUGAAAUCACUAGUAGUGGUCUCACUCAUCAUAUCAUGGACUAUAAAUUUCCUCAAUUUAUUGUUGAUGGAUUUCUGCCAAACACUUUUAAUGAUAGACAACAUAGAUUGAUGGAUUUUAACUAUGCCCUAGUUGACAUAAAAAUUGAUCCAGAAAAUAAAGAAAACACAUAAUUAGAAAUUAGUAUAAAAGAUCAAAAUAAUGCUACUAGAUUGUAAGUUAAAAUUGAACCAUGGAAAUAGGAAUAAAAGUAGUUAAACCUGACUAACUCAAAAUAUACAAGGGAUGAUCAUCGUUAUAAAAGAUGGAUUAUUUGGAUGUUCAAAAACUAUUUUAUAGAGUAUAGAAAAGCUGGAAUAGCUUUAACUAGUAUCGCUUUUGUAAUUUUAAUUUUGGCUUACUUUAUCUGCAAAAUAUUGUACGAUUGUUACCAAAAUAAAAUAAAAAAUUAACAAAAAUAAAAGACAAACUGA